UCGAGGAAGUCAGUCAUAUGACAAAAAACCGCAAUCUAUGAGUUCUUAAUCGCUUCGUGGUUUAAGAGUCUCAAAAUAAACUGAUCUUGAGACGAUAAGAGGAGCAUGGAGAAUGAUGAACUUCCGUCAGCGGAUGGGAUGGAUUGGGGUGGCACUGUAUUUGUUGGCUAGUAUAGCUGCAGUCUAUUAUAUGUUUGAGAUCAACCAGACAUACAACCGAUUCACACUAUCAAAUGUGGAGAAGGUGACUGGCACGCGCAUGCCACGAACUGGAGAUUCUGCCUCAACUUCCUCCUCAAGCUCUUGGAUGCAGAGUCUGAAGACGAGGCUGCUUCUGCUGCCAUUCUGGGUGUGGGCCACUAUCUUCCUUAUUCCCUAUCUCCAAGUGUUCCUUUUUCUUUACUCAUGCACAAGGGCAGACCCAAAGACUAUGGGUUACUGCAUACUGCCUAUCUGCUUGGCUGUUCUUUGCAACCGACACCAAACCUUUGCCAAGGCAUCGAAUCAGAUCAGCAGACUUCAGUUGAUUGACACCUAAUGGGGCCAAUGCUUUUUCGAGAUGUGAAGCACCGUGGACUGGAGAGUGUGUAAAAUAUGUAUACAUGUGUAUACAACUUUUGUGCUUGAUAAAUCUUAGUCUUGCAUAAGAGACCAUUUAAUAAGAUGGAAGACUGGUUUAUAAUUAUUCUUAAAGAUGUAGUUCUACUGUUGUAAUGGUGUGGUUUCAGUCAGUCUGUUUCCAACAAGUUUAUUACAAAAGUAUGAAUGUUUGUGGCUUUUAAAAAAAAAUGUAUUCAAAGAAGACCUAUAAUCAAGUGGUACUUCUGAAACAUUGCUUCAGGAAUAAUGGAUUUACAACCUAAUGACAAAUGUCAGACAAUGUCUGCCCUAAGCAACUAACUUAUGUUUAUAAUAUGAAAAACUACCACUGUC